AUGGCACCUGCACCCACUCUCGGCUUCUCUACGCAGACCUUGUAUUCUCUUCUCCACCCAGAGACAAUCCACUUUUGCUUCAAGACGGAACAGGGUAGACGGCUCAUUGUUCCGAUCAACGCCAGCAAUGCCUACUCUUGUUCCGAGCCUCAACCUGACGACGACAUUGAUUCCGAACCAUCAAUCAACGGCGAGCUGCCGACAUUCUCAUUCCAUGAGAUCGACGUUCUCGAGGUCUUUGUCGGACCUUGUGUCGUCAGCCAAGUCCAAGUCAACGGGUAA